UAAGCGUUUGCAUUUUAAUUGGCCGAGGCAACUUGGCUUUUUUGAGUUUUGCAUUGGGGAGUAGCAUUGUUUUUGAUUGCCGCUUUGCUUUGUUCCUUUUCACUGGUUAUUAGAUAAGGGCAAAUUAAGAACACAUCGCCGUUCUGCCACACUGUAAAUGAUGAGAAAGAUUACGGGAUAACAUAUCGAAAAAAUAUUUUGAGAGUACAAAGGGAUUUAGAGACUACGGCAAAUAACGUGGGGGGUGAGCAGGCGGGUCCGGGUCCAGCACGCCGUUGGUGGAGGGAAGGCGGAGAGAGACGCCGUGUGAGCUGCUAGCGUCGGCGCUGCCACCGCCGCCACCCGAGAGCAGACGACUGGGGUAAGCGACAUAGUGUUGGCGGCGACUGCGACUCAUGGCCCGCCAGCCCAGCCUUUUCAUUCAAGCACUGAAUAGAUCAGAAUGCAAGAAGGAUGGAGGAUAUAAGUCUAUCUGGGGUUUUGGUGUUCCAGAUGAGAAUGAAGGCAAAGCAGAAAAGAAACAUUUUUCUGUUUUAAUUUAUAGUACAGUGGAUCUAACAAUGGAUAGGAGUGAUAAGAUGGAUAGUUCUGAAGAAGGGAAAAAGCAAUCUACAUUGAAACCUUUCUGCAGUGGUGACACUUUGAAAACUUAUGAAAGAAGAUCAAGCAAACAUUUAAAACUGCUGAAGGGCAAUGCCAUUGGCCUAAACAUGUUGGGAGCUGGGAAGAAGCUUGGUGACAGUACUCAAGUUGUAAAUGCAACAUCAGGCAACCACAGACCAAAGCUUAUCUUGGUAAGCUCCCAGCCCUCUCAAGGUAUUGUUGUACAAGGACGCCGUUUUCAACAUGCCAAUAUACCAGCAGCAGUGAAAACACCAGCACAAAGCAAUCUUGACCUAAAGGAGAGAAAGGAAUAUCCCCCCAAUGUUCAAAGACAGGAAUUAGAUAAUAUAAUCCUUACAUGUCCAGGUAUGUCUGGAGCUAGUAAUUCUGCACCUGAUGGAGAAAUUAAACGGCGGAUACAGCAGAAACGAAGAUCUUCUGAAGAGGGUUUAGAUGCCAGUGAAUAUUUUACUAUUUGUGGUCAAUGUAACAAGAAAAGUGAAAAUCAUGUGCAUUGUGAAAACUGUGGACAUUCCCUCAUGCCGAACUCUGCUUGCAUAAAUAAUACAGCAAAAGUAAAUGUAACCACUGGAUCACUUUCUCGGCCACCAAUCCAUCAGCUUAAUUCAGGGCCAAACCAUUUACAUGUAAACAUUUCAAGAAAAACUUUUUAUGGUACAUCUCUGCUUGGAACUUCAUCUAAUAUGGAUAUUAAUAAAAUAAUGAGCCUACCCAUACAAAUUACCCGAACUAACCUUGCAAAUUCAAAUGGAAAACCUGGACUGGUGUUGAAUUCUCACAAUCUUUCUAAAACUGUGCGAGGAAGAAGGCAGAUGACACACAAGCAGCAUGAACUGAAUGAUCCAAUUGUUUUGUCUAGUGACGAUGAAGAUGAAGAAACAGAAAAUGCCAGCACAGGAAGUGUAAGCAGAAUGGACAGUGUUUCACCUCGUCCUGCGGACUCUGCUCGGUCAUCUCCUACACCCUCUGGAGGGAAAGCAGAGGCAGCAGUGAAAGACGGUACAGAGCUUGCUGAGCAGGCUUUGAGUAGCAUAUUUCCUGAAGCAGAACCCAGAAUAAUAAUACCAAGAAAGGCCCGAAUGAAGGACCAGUAUGGAAAUUUAAUUCCUGAUAAGCGGAGAAAAGUAGCUCAGGUUAAAACACCUAUUGCCUGUGAACAAGCUACUAACUUGGAAAGCAUGAUUCUAGAAUGUAGAAGCAUACGGGUAGGAUCUCUUCGCAGAGCAGUGACGGAUCCAGUGAUUUUUACCCUUGAUUACAUCAAAGUUGAAACAGAAACUUCUCCUGAAGAUGGGAGGGAGUCAAUACAUCUAAACACCUCUGAAAUUAUCUGCUGUGAAUGGUGCUGUGCCAAGAAGUUACCAGUUAUAUUUUUUCAGACCACUCCUGAGGCUUGUUUAAGACUACAGACGCAAUUAAAAAUGACAAAAGAAAAGGGAAAUGGAUGGUAUGACUGCAAAGGAUCAAGUCCAGAUGAACAGUACAUUGUUUUGAUAUUUGAGAGUGGUUUAAAUCCAUAUGCUCAAGCAAUGCUAACUGAAAUAUUUAAAAAAAUUGGGAAUGCAAAUGGGAUUGAUAAUUUUUUGGUCAGUAUUUCAUUUGUAGAAGCUAAUAAAAGACUUGUAAGAUUCAUUAAAAGAUGUGAGGAGCCUUCUCCAAAUGACAAGUCUUCAGAUUCAAGUAUUAAGCCUCAAAUGUUUUCAACACACAUACGUGCAACUGCACAAUUCUUUGAUGACGAUGAAGAAACAUCUGAUUCACAACCUGUAUUUUCAGGCCCGAUUGAAAAGUUAAUAGUCUAUCCUCCCCCUCCUGCUAAGGGUGGCAUUUCUGUCACAAAUGAAGACCUUCAUUGCCUAAAUGAAGGAGAAUUUUUGAAUGAUGUUAUCAUUGAUUUUUAUUUAAAGUACCUAUUCCUGGAAAAAUUAAAGAAUGAAGGUCCUGAAAGGAGUCAUGUUUUCAGCUCAUUUUUCUACAAGCGCCUUAAUCAGAGAGAGAAAAGAUCCUUAAGUGAAAUAGCUAACCUCACAAUACAACAGAGGAAGCACAACAGGGUAAAAACAUGGACACGUCACGUGGACCUGUUCCAGAAAGAUUUUAUUUUUGUCCCUAUUAAUGAAUCAGCUCAUUGGUUUUUAGCUGUCAUCUGCUUCCCAGGUUUGAAUGCACCUUUGUAUGAACCCAACCCUUUGUACCGUUGUCCAGAAACUACAAGUAACUCCAGUGCUGGAGAGGACAAUACUACUUCAUUUGAAGGAAGCAGUAGUAAAUCUGAACAUUGUACACUAAGUAGUACACCUCAGACCUCACAAAGGAGUAAAGUAUCUAAACUUAGUGUAUCUGAAAAUAACUCUAAUGCAGAUUUUAAAAAAAUAAGCUCUUCCAGUGAUGUGACACAAAUUUCAAGAAUAACAGAAAAACAAGGAUCUAAAACAGAACAGAAAACAAGACUUAUAAAUGGAGUAUCAUUUAAAGAAAUGCAGCAUCUACCUUUGUCAGACGGUUUGCAGCAAAUAAGGUCAAGUUACAGUGAUGAAACAGAUGUCAAGAGCAAAGAUGAUGACAAUUUAAAUUUUUCCGAUGAUCCUGAUACUAGUCAGGAUGAAGAAAGUGAGGAUGGUGCUUUUGGUGAUGAUAACCUCAGUUCUGCUGAUAAAGGGCAAUGGCAUGUGAGACCUACAAUUUGCAAGCAGCCAUGCAUACUUAUUAUGGAUUCUCUAAGAGGACCAACCCGAUCUACAGUGGUUAAAACAUUACGAGAGUACCUGGAGGUUGAAUGGGAAGCAAGAAAGGGAACCAAAAGAAGUUUUAACAAAGAUGUAAUGAAAGGCUCAAGCCCUAAGGUACCACAACAGGACAACUUUAGUGAUUGUGGAGUUUACAUCCUACAGUAUGUACAAAGUUUCUUUGAGAAACCAAUUGUAAGUUUUGAUUUGCCAAUGAACCUGACAGACUGGUUUCCCCAGCAAAGGAUGAAAAAAAAACGUGAGGAAAUUAAGGAACUCAUCCUGAGGUUACAGGAACAGCAACAAAUGCUUAAAAAAGGACAUAAAGACUGUGGAACUGGUGUCACAUCUUCCCAUAAUGCAGAUAUUCCUGGUACAAGCUGCUCUGAAUGAAACUUGAUUUUACACACAAGUGCUGAUUUAAAAGAACUUUUUCAUUCACAAUGCACUUCAGAGGUUUAAAGGGUAUGCCCAUGAUUGUGUGCUGCUGUUUUUUUUUUUUUUUUUAUUAAAUACAAUAUCAGAUUCCCUCCAGAACCUUUAAGCAAAGUUAUGUACAUAUAUUAAAGUUGCUGGUGUUGCAGCAUUUGUAAUUACUUUUUCACUUGAUAGACUCAGCUUAGCUAUGUAUUUUAUGUUAAUAAGUAGCAUAAUAGCAAACUAUUAUUAUUAUAAAAUUAAAAUGGUUUAUGGUU